AUGGCUCUAGGACAAAAAGCGGAGUUUGGAGAGGAUCGCCUCUCAAAGAUCGCCAAAGCCGAUCCCAUCAGAUGGUGGAACAAACCAAACCUUCGCUUCUUGUAUCUGAUCCUGGUCCCAUGUGGCCUCGGUGUUGAAUGGACAUCUGGGUUCGACUCCUCCAUGAUGAACAGUCUCAAUGCUGUUGAUUCUUGGGUGGAGUAUUUUAACCAUCCCAGUUCAUCACGCCUCGGCCUCCUCAAUGCAAUGUAUUCCCUCGGUGCUCUCAUGGCUAUUCCGUUCGUUCCUACGGUGUCCGAGUAUCUCGGUCGCCGCUGGACCAUUUUGACUGGCUCAUUCAUCAUGAUGAUAGGUGCUGGAUUACAAACCGGCUCGGUCAACGAUCACAUGUUUCUUGCAUCUCGGUGGGUUCUCGGUUUCGGAAUUCCAUUCGCCAUCGUGAAUGCGUCUUCCAUGUUGGGAGAGCUGGGAUACGAGAAAGAGCGUUCUACAUUGACGAGUUUGUUCAAUGCCAGCUGGUUCGUGGGGGCCAUCCUCGCGGCCGGCGUUACCUUUGGCACUUUCCAGAUGUCCAGCACUUGGGCUUGGCGAAUCCCAAGCUUUCUGCAACUUGUCCCCAGUCUCUGUCAAGUCAUUUUCAUGCCGUUCUGUCCUGAGUCACCUCGUUGGCUGAUCAGCCGUGACCGACAUGAGGAGGCACUGGAAAUACUGAAGAAAUACCACAGCGAGGGCGAGAAUGGAGAAGAGUACGUCCGUGUAGAGUAUGCUCAAAUCCAGUCUACUCUCGCUGAAGAAAAGGAACGCGCGACCAACUUUGUUUGGAAGAACGUUUUUCGAGACGCGCCGAUGCGCCGCCGGUUUAUGCUGGCCGGUAUCGUCGGCUUCUUCACUCAGUGGUCUGGCAAUGGGCUGAUCAGCUUCUAUAUGAAGAAGAUUCUCAACCUUGUGGGGAUAACAAACAAUCAGACCGUCCAAAAGGUUAUUCUGAGCGAGAAGUGCUGGGGGCUGAUCAACGCUGUACCUAUUGCUCUCAUUGCGCCCCGAUUCCGUCGUCGCAUGAUGUUUCUCAUCUGUUCCACUGGUACGCUGGUGGUAUAUGUGGUCUGGACAAUCGCCUCGGCGAGAUUUCAGAUUGAACAAACCCGAUCUGCAGCCAUUCCUGUGCUGGUCUUCAUCUUCCUCUAUUCACCGCAACGUUUUACGGGAAAUGAAGCUAAUAUUCGCUGCAGAUUUUACAACAUUGGUUGGAACGCGCUGACCUACACUUACAUGGUGGAAAUCUUCCCGUACCAACAGCGUGCCCAAGGUAUCGCAGUGGAACAGCUAAUGGUCCGCUUCGCCGUCUUCUUCAACACAUAUGUCAACCCCAUCGCAUUGGAUUCCAUAGGCUGGAAAUACUAUAUCGUCUACUGUGUCUGGGUUCUGUUUGAGAUCUUCACCAUCUGGUUGCUUUUCCCCGAGACCCACGGGCGAUCGUUGGAAGAACUUAGUUUCAUGUUUGAAGAUCAAGCCGUGAGAGACCGUGUGGAUAGAAACGUGGAAAAGGUUGUGGACACUGUCCAAUUGACGGAAUUUAAAGGUCAAGAGCAGCGGGGUGAUAAAGAGGCAGCUUAA